UUUACGAAAUCAUAAAAUUUCUGGCAUUUUUAGAGAGAGAAAAUAGACUUUCCGGUAACUAGGAUAAUGCGCGGUUGAGAUUGUUCGCUGAAGAUUUGACUUCCGAUCUUUGAAAUCAGACUCUCUGAUCUCUGGUUUCGGAUUCUGUAUCUGCCUGAUUAAAUUUAAAUCUUUUGAUCGAAGAGACCUACAGUAGAACAAUGCCGUCACAAGGGGAUCUGGAUCGGCAGAUCGAGCAGUUGAUGGACUGCAAGCCGCUUUCGGAAUCGGAUGUCAAGACACUUUGCGAUCAAGCAAGAGCUAUUCUCGUCGAGGAAUGGAACGUACAACCGGUAAAGUGCCCGGUUACGGUGUGCGGUGAUAUCCACGGUCAAUUCUACGAUCUAAUUGAGCUAUUCCGGAUAGGUGGCAAAUCUCCAGAUACCAAUUACCUCUUCAUGGGAGAUUAUGUUGAUCGUGGUUACUAUUCAGUAGAGACCGUUACACUUUUGGUGGCACUUAAGGUUCGGUACAGAGAUAGAAUUACAAUCCUCAGAGGAAAUCAUGAAAGCAGACAAAUUACUCAAGUAUAUGGCUUUUAUGAUGAAUGCUUGAGGAAGUAUGGAAAUGCCAAUGUCUGGAAGCAUUUCACUGACCUUUUUGAUUAUUUACCACUCACAGCACUUAUCGAGAGUCAGGUUUUCUGUUUGCAUGGAGGACUCUCACCAUCAUUGGAUACAUUGGAUAAUAUCCGUGCCUUGGAUCGUAUACAGGAGGUUCCACACGAAGGACCCAUGUGUGAUCUAUUAUGGUCUGAUCCAGACGACAGAUGCGGAUGGGGAAUCUCUCCUCGCGGGGCUGGUUAUACAUUUGGGCAGGAUAUUGCCACUCAAUUCAAUCAUACAAAUGGUCUUUCACUUAUUUCAAGAGCUCACCAACUUGUCAUGGAGGGUUUUAAUUGGUGUCAGGACAAGAAUGUGGUGACAGUGUUUAGUGCUCCUAACUACUGUUAUCGAUGUGGAAACAUGGCUGCCAUACUAGAAAUUGGGGAAAAGAUGGAUCAGAACUUCCUCCAAUUCGACCCUGCCCCUCGACAGAUCGAACCCGAUACCACUAGAAAGACUCCUGAUUAUUUUUUGUGAUGGCCUUGAUCAUUGUUUGUUGCGUUAAACCAAAGAGUUUUGUCUCUGUUUGAGGAUCAUCGAUCGUCAACCUUAAUUCUUUUGCUUGCAGUGCAUGCGAAUCUGGGAUUCGAGAUAACUUAUGGAGGUGUGCCGAAAUUCUCUUCUUUUUUAUUCUUGGCUUAUAUAUAUAUUAUUAUUAUUAUUAAUUUUCUUUUGUGUUGUUAAUUUAUAUGUAUAUUUUUCCUUUUGAGUAAAGGAAAAAGCAGCAAUGACAGUGUUAUAAUGUGUUUAUUGUAAUUUUUAUAGAUUAGAUUUGGAUUGGAUGUUGUU